AUGUCAGUUAAGCCUAUAGAUACGUUUAUCACCAACAGUGUGCAAUUAUUCGAAGCCAAUCCCUCGCAAACGAUCUUCUCGAUAUCCUACAAAUGCAAAUCUAAGAGCACACAAAAGAAACCCGUUGUGUCAUUUAAGACUCACAACUCACAUUUAUCCAACCAUUACAAGUUUAAGACCAACAAGAGUAAAGAUGUCUCGAGACUUUUAAGUGCAUUGGGACCCAGAGGUGUUUCAAUAACUCGUGGAAAGAUCGAAAAGAGGGCCAUGAAGCCUGUAACUAAAAAGCUUGGUAAGAAGAACAAAAAGAAGGCUCAUGUGAAAGAUGUUGUCGGGUUGAGUACUCUGAUGGUCAAUACUGAUGUGAAGGAAUACGUUCCCGUUGUUGAAGAGACUACUAAGCAAACUGAAGCGACUUCAUCUAAAAAGAAGAAGCAGAACAAGAAUAGAGGUAAGAAAAAACGUUAA